CUGCAACAUGUAAUAUUUUGGGACAGAGGGAGGCAAAUUUGUAGACAGCUAAAGGAAAAGAAAAGGUCCUUGAAGUUGUGCGUUGCCACAGAAACACUUAAGCUUGGUUCCCGCGCCGUCGCGUGCUGCAGGUGGAAAAGUGAAGCCGGACUGGAGGACGUCCCCCGCUUCGGGUACCCGAGAUUUGAUUCGCCAACAAGGUGAUUGCAUUAUUGUGAAAUUAUAAAUGUACCAUGGAGAUUUAAAAAAACUAAAGAAGAAUGGAAGAAGGCCAACUGGAAGCCUCAAAUCUUCCUCCAAAAGUUUGGCAAUCUGAGGUGACAUUGUCAGUAACAGGUGAACCGCCUACUGCUAUAGAAGAACAUGAAGAGACAGCCAGAGAAACAGACAUAGAAAUCAUCCCAGAAAUCACAAAGCCACUCUCCAUCCUAGAUGUGCUAAGGAUCUCUUCAGUUCUGGAGGACACCAUAGAUCAGCUCUCUAUUCUAAACUAUAUCAUUACAGUUCAGUAUGAAAAGAGACAAAGCAUCAACAUGAAGAAUAACAAAGAAAUGCAUUUAGAAGUAAAAAACUUAGAAAAACUUCCAGUUGUCUCAAAAACCUCAAAAGCACCCAAUCCAUUCUUACAUAAAGAAGAACUCAAGUUGCCAGAAAUCAGACAAGGAGGCCAAUUUAACAAAGUGCAAGAUCUUAUCUUCAGAAGACCUACAAGGCAGACCAUAAUGAGUACAGAGACACUCAAGAAAAUUCAAAUUGAUAGGCAAUUUUUCAGUGAUGUAAUCACUGAGACCAUGCAGGAGUUGCAAAAUUCAGGCACUUUCAUCAAUCUUCUGAAAGCUUUGGGCAAAGAGAGGGAAAACAAAAUGCAUUUCUAUGAUAUCACUGCCAGGGAGGAAAGUGGAAGGAAAAAGAUAAAAGCUCUUCAAAAACAGCUACUUAAUGUCAAAAAAGAACAGCAAGUUGAAGUACAGAGCCGGAAUGAAUAUAUUGCUCACCUCAAGGACCAGUUGCGAGAGAUGAAGGCAAAAACCAACAUGGAGAAUCGCUAUAUGAAGAGAAAUACUGAACUGCAGAUUUCCCAGACCCAGAAAAAAUGUAGCAAAACCGAGGAGCACUUGCUGGAAGAGAUUGAGAAACUGAGGUCGAAAACCGAAGAAGAGAACCGGAUUCAUGUGGAGAUCGAAAUGUUCCUUAGAAAGGAGCAGCAGAAACUGGAGGAGAAGCUAGAGUUCUGGAUGGAGAAAUUUGAUAAGGACACAGAGAUGAAACAGAAUGAACUAAAUGCUCUCAAAGCUGCUAAGGCCAGUGACUUAGCUCACCUUCAAGAACUUGCAAAGACGCUAAGGGAAUAUGAACAGGUCAUCAUUGAAGAUCGUAUAGAAAAGGAGAACACCAGGAAGCAGAUACAACAGGAUGACUUGGAAUUAAAGAGCGCCAUAAAGCUCCAGGCCUGGUGGCGAGGCACUGUGGUGCGGAGAGAAAUCGGUAGUUUCAGAAUGCCCAAGAAGGACAAAGAUGACAGCAAAGAGUCAAAAGGUAAAGGUAAAGGCAAAGACAAGGACAAGAGGAGACGCAAGAAGUGACCAAGUUAUCUUCUGUCUUUUCUGCUGGUGUUCUGGAGACUCAGGAGGACCUGAAAGGAGUAAGAAAUAUCUUUUACCAUCACAGAUAACUCAUCUACAGGUUGUUUCUUAUUUGGACAUUCCCAGGUGAGGCCUGGUUAUUUCACUUUGCCUGUUAUAUUAGAUUCAAACCCCAAAUUAGUAUUAUACCAUGGAUUCAGGGCUUCUUCAUAAUUUGGAAAAGUUUUGCUGAGUAGUAUUUCUAGGAGCCUUGUGAAUAUUCUUCUUGCUCUUUCUCACCAGAAAAACAGUACAUGGUCUUAGUUAUAGUGAUGUAUUAAACUUCAGUAAAUUCCUGUAAUGUCUGAUUUUAUUCAGCUUGCCUAUAGUGAAAACUGACACUUAGGAGCAAAGGGUGUCAUAAGUGACAUUCUUAUCAGCAGAAAUGUAGAGUUCAGUAGGAACUACAAGAUGACAUUUAUUAAAUGUCCAGUAUAAUACAUACACAGUAAAGUUUUAAU